UUAGACCACAAGACACAUGAGUUUGUUCCUCUGAGAAAAGAAUAUGAAGUCAAAAAGGCAGAGGCUGAAAUUCAGCAGAUGAUCCAGAAGAGACAACUGAAGAUUCAGGAGAUCAAACGCUCAUUGAGCUUCAGUAAGGAAAAUGCAGACAGAGAGAUAGCAGAAGGUGUUCAGGUCUUCACUUCUCUGAUGGAGUCUGUUGAGAGAGGCCUGAAUGAGCUCAUUGACACAAUUGAAGAGAAGCAGAGAACGACACAGAAACAGACCGAAGAUCUCGUCAAAGAGCUGGAACAGGAAAUCUCUGAGCUGAAGAAGAGAAGCUCUGAGGUGGACCAGCUCUCACAGUCUGAAGACCACCUCCACCUCCUCCAAUUCGCCCCAUCCCCGAUAGCAGCUCCACCCACCAAAGACUGGACAAAGCUCAACGUCCAUCCACCGUCACACGAAGGGACUGUGGGGAGAGCUGCGUCUCAGUUGGAGGAGACACUCAGUCAACAGUUUACUGAGCUCUGUGUUUCUGAGCUGAAGAGGGUCCAAAGAUAUGCCAUAAAUGUGACUCUUGAUCCUGAUACAGCACAUCCUGAACUCAUCCUGUCUGAUGAUGGAAAACAAGUUAAACAUGGUGAUGUAAAGAAGAAUCUCCCAGACAAUCCAGAGAGAUUUUCUAAUUCUCUCUGUGUCUUAGGAAAGCAGAGUUUCUCUUCAGGCAGAUUUUACUGCGAGGUUCAAGUUAAAGGAAAGACUAAAUGGACUUUAGGAGUGGCCAGAGAGUCUAUAAACAGGAAAGAGAACAUCCCCCCGAGCCCUCAGGAGGGUUACUGGACUAUAUGUUUGAGAAAUGGAAAUAAGUACAAAGCUUUUGCUGAUCCCGAUGUCUAUCUCCGUCUGAAGUGGAGGCCUCAGAAGGUGGGGGUGUUUGUGGAUUAUGAGGAGGGACUGGUCUCCUUUUAUGAUGUACGUACUGCAGCUCUUAUGCAUUGCUUUACUGGCUGCUCCUUCACAGAGAAACUUUAUCUCUACUUUGGUCCUUGCCCUAAUGAUGGAGGUAAAAACUCUGCCCCUCUGAUCAUCACUCCUAUUGAACGCAACACUUAGACCAAUAACUUGAUUUUGCAUGAAAGCGGUCAGUGUUAACGGACCAAUGUGUAGGAGUUAGUGGCAUCUGGUGGUGAACUGUAGAAAGAGGACCCGCUCCCUCUGCAGAUAAAAACGUCUCAUUGUAUGGUAACAAAAACACAAUGAUGAUCUCAUCUUCAGGUGAUUAUACACUAAUGAAAACAUAGUUAAGUAUGUUAUAUUCUGUUUCUGUCGUAUUCUGUAAAAAGAGCCCCACUAUAUCUUACACACUGGACCUGUAAGAAAGAACAUAUUCAUUUGUAAUGCUUGCUGUAUUUUCUCUUUUAAUGAAUUGUGAAUGAUUUGGUUGUUGAUGAUUAAUGUGUCUGGAAUGAGUUGAAAUAUGUAUCAAUGAUGGACAUUAAGAAUAAAGCCAUUUUAUGUGAUUGCACAGAUGUUAUCUUAUGUUUUGUAAAUAUUUAAUUCAAUAUAAGUUUCUAAGAUUUCCAAAACAUCAUGUAAUAAAUGUCCACAGAAACAAGAAUCCAUUAUUUCUGUUGAGGUAUGUAUUCAUAUAGAACUUUAUAGAAUCAGGGAUUUUGCAUCAGUAAUUGUAUGUUUUUAUAUCUUUAUGAAGAAAUAAAUUCAUAUGGAAAAAUCUUGGAUGUGAGUUGUUUUUAAAUUCGCACCACUAAUAACUUUUUUAAAUAUAUUGUAUUCAUUAUUUAUAUUUUGCAU